UACGCUUGAAUAAAGAUUAGUCAGGAAAAUAACAAUAUCUUAAAAGAAGAUCGUAAAAAGCAUAUGAACAUUUUUAUACUGCGAGCUGCUCUUGAUUCUACUCCUAUUUUCUGUUGGAAGAAUAGCUUAGGGAGUAUUACCAGCUGUAAUAUUAAAAAAAAUAUAUCCGCAUUUUUUUCUAUGAAAUGUCUCUUAAAUCUUAAAGAACGUUGGAGAACAUCAGAGAUUGUACUAUUGAUAUCAUAGACGGAAUUUUAUUAAAAUCGGUAGAUUUGUUUGGAUAAAAAGAAUAUUAAUCAACAACUCUACAAAGAAAGGAAAUGCCCAUUCUGAAAUUUAAGAUAACUGUCUUGGUGCAUCUGGGCUGCAUGUUUAUCCUUGUGGCAUCUAAAGUGUUCGACGACCAAGGAUGUCAAGCUCAUACUCCAGAGAAGCACUACCCACCUUCUGUUCCUCACCAGACAUUGAACAAGGAAUUUUUGGAUCAAUUCAAUGAAAUUAUAGUUAUUGGUGAUCAACAUGGUUGCUACGACGAAGAGCAGUUGCUCAUAAAUAGAUUCCAGUUAAACGAUACAGUUCUUAAAAUAUUUACAGGAGACUUUACAAGGAAAGGUCCCAAAAAUCUCGAAGUUGUUCGGUAUAUCAAGAACUGCAAAUCAUGUGUUAGUGUUAGAGGCAAUAAUGAUGAGAAAACAUUGCUAAGAAUUUGGGCAAAUGACAAUAAAGCCAAUUAUACUUACCAUCCAAUUGAUAAAUGGAUGGCUGAUUUAACCCAAGAUGAAAUUGACUGGAUGAAAGAACUCCCAUAUUCGCUGUAUCUUCCAAGCAUGAAUGCCCGAGUAUGCCAUGGAGGAUUUUUACCAGGAGGUAUACCCAUUGAAGAUAACCGACCAUACACAAUUAUGAAUAUCAGAACUGUUAUCGCUGAUCCAAAAUGCCCAGGAGGAUGGCGACCAACUAGAGCAGAGUUUAUAUCUAAUCUCACCAGCUUGCCAACUUUCCCUUGGGCUUCACAAUGGCGUGGACCAGAGCAUGUUUAUUUUGGGCAUGAUCAUGCAAGGCAACUACAAUUGUAUCCAUUCGCAACUGGUGUUGAUACCGCCUGUGUUCGAGGGCAUUACAUGACAGGCCAUUUCAUCAAAGGUCCCAGAGCUGGUACAUUCGCCACUCAACCAGCUUUAAACCAAUAUUACCCUGGGAAAGUGUGAAUAUUUGAAAAUAAACAAAAGAAUCUAUUUAAGAGAAUAUUAUUUAUUACUUUGCAAAGAUAUAUUUAGAGACAAAAAAUUAUUUAUUUAAAAUUUUUUAAAUACUUUUAUUGAAUAGCUGAAUAACAUCUUGCACUUUGGACUAUUGAAAUUAUUCAGAACUGCGAGCGAAAUGCUCGUGAGGAACAGGGUACUUUAAGAAAAUUUCCAAAAUUUUGCUAAUUAUCACUGAUAUUUUUGUAAUGCUUUGAAGCACAUCAUAUAAUAGGAUAUUGACACGUUGAACCGUAUGGAAAUUUACAGAGUAUUUCUUUAUUAUUUUAGUCAUAUUUUCUUUAUUUCUGAAAGCAGUUCGCUCAGGGGACGAGAGCGAAAAAUUAAUAAUUUUGCUACCUAAUGAAAAAUCAGAAUUACUGCCAAUGGAUAUCAGCCAUUCUACAUAAUAAUUUGGAAGCUUGUUGGAAGGUCUCAGAAGAUUUUUUUAUCUAAACUGAAAAGAAAUUAUUUUGUAUUAAUGUAUGUUAUUGUAUUAUGUAUUAUUGUAUGUUUUGUAUUAUGUCUAUGUUAUGUUCAAGUAAUUAAUCAGUUAUUAUUAUAACAAUUGGCCAGUGUUAUAAAUCGAUCGAUCAGUUUUACUGGUUAUUAUUAAUAAUAACCGAAUAAUCACAUUAACCUUUACAAAAACAUCAUUUUAGUUGAUAAUGUUUUAACCAUCUUUUGGGAAGUUUCAUUAUCCUUCGUUUAUGGACAAUGGAUGAUUUCAUUGAUGGUUUACCCCUGAACACAGCUCAAAGAGUAGAAAAUUUCUGUUCAGCAUAUUUCUCAAAGAGCGGAACAGACAGUAGUAAACAGUAAUUUAAAGUUCCUCUUGAUUUGUAGAUACUCGAACACGAAGGUGACUUCCGAUGCAGGCCGCAUUAAUAUUUAGAAAUGAUCAGAUUCGACUCUCUGAAUUUCUUUUAUUCCACCAGGGUAAUUAAUCAUUAUUUAUCACUACCACCUUAAUUUGGUAACCAGCAACCUUAUUUCGUCUAACGGAACUCAUUUGAUCUAAAACAUGAGAUUCACUCAGUAUGAAAUUCAAAAGUUAUUUGUGCGCCUUUCGUUUAUUUACAGCAUUACCUUCAUAUACAGUGUGUAUUUUUUUAGGAUUGAAAAGAAGUUGAUCUUUGUGUAUAUAAAAGAUUUUUUACCUUUGUAUACUAAAAAGCAUUAAAUGUCGCAUAUGUGCUUUUUAUUUCUCUAUGUUUACACUGAUGCCAAAUGAAUGAAAUUAAUGCAAUGUUAAUGGUGAAAGAAUACUAAUUUUGAUGAAAUUGCCACUUUUCAGUACAUAUGUAAUUUCAUAAAUUUGGCCUUUCUAUAGUGAUCAGCACGAACUACAGAGUAUUGAAAGGUUAGUUUCUGUGGCGUAAUACGGAAUAAUACGGUUGGUAAUAUUUCUUGAAAGGAUGUGAAACAAACUUUUCCGGAUCUGAUUGCAAUUUUCUGCUUCAUAGUAUGCGAUUGUAGAUGUAUUAAUAACAAGAAGAAGUAUUGCCUAGAAUUCAACGUAAUUAUAUUUAUUAUGGCUCUAUUAUCUUAUUUACUGUCCAAUGUCUACUUCAUACUUUUCUCCCUCUCUGCAAAUGCACUUAUCUCUCUGAAAUCACAUCUCAACCACCAACACAUUAGAGCCGAAUAUUGAAAACUGGUAGAAAUCUUCGAGCUAACUCAAUAUUUUGUGAAAAGAAAGCAAUUGUUGGUAUUCUGCAAUAAUGUAACUCUAUUUUGAUCGAUUGAAUGUAUCAAGGAGUAUAACAAUAUAUGGCUGAUUGGCUGAAGAAAGUAAUCCGUCUGAAAAUAAUUUGAUCCAAAUUGUUAGGCAAUGAUUUAAAUUCUAUAGAUUUUAAUGGACAUUUUUUAAUUCCUUCUGAAGACCUAUAAAUUAAAUAAAAAUUUUAACAUUUUUUUCUA